AUCAGUGAGGAGCAGCCUUGUAACCGUGUUGCACUAUCCAUGGUAUCUAAGGCCAAAAUAGGACAAGCCCCCUUGGGAGUGAAGUGGUGCAGAUGCGUGCAAGUGUUUCAGCUUGUUCUCAUGUUGUGCACAACAAGACAACAGCAGUCUUUGUGUUCACCAAGAAGACAGGAUGACCUGUGAUCACCUGAGACGAUUCUUGGCAAUUUCCAUCAUAGCGUCCAUCAUGAGCAUGGCCUCCACCUUCGCAGGCACCCGACAUUUCCAGAAAAAAGUUUCGGUUCUGCUGGAAAAGGAGCCAGAAAGCCCCAAAUGCUUUGCAGAGAGCAGGAAGGACUUCACCUGCUUCUGGGAGGAAGAUGAGGAGAGGGCUGGGUCUGUGGAUCAGUAUUCCUUCACAUACGCCUACGAAAAUGACAACAGCAGGGAAUGUCCACUGACAACCCAAAACAUGCCAGGGGGAAAGAGGCUGUACAUCUGCCACCUGACUCAAAUAUCCAUGUUUGUCCGAAUGGACAUUGAAAUUCACCGAGAGGGGAGGCUGAUCCACAAUCGCAGCCUACAAGUGGAAUUUUUCUUUCUGCUGGAUCCUCCCGCUAACGUGACUGUGGAUACCACUGGUCAAGAGGGCCAGCUGAAUGUCAGCUGGAUACCUCCUCUCAAAUACAUGGACGACAGCUUCAUGUAUGAGGUCUCUUAUGCAAUGGUCGACAGUCAUACAGCACAUGUAGAUGUGGUACGAGCCAGCUCCAGGAUGAUCUUAAGGAGCCUACAGCCAGCCACUCAGUACAAGGUAAAGUGUUUUUAAUACUUCUGCCUGUCAUUGAAUGUCAUCGGCUUCGAUCAAAGGUGUCAAACUCAUUUUUAUCAUAGUCCAUAUUGUUAUGGUUUUUCUUUGAUGGCCGUUUUGACUGCAAAACCAUACAAAUGUACACGUAAAACCCCCUCAUCGAAUAAUUGUUACAUACAGUCUACAGAGAAAAAAUGAUUGAUAACUCGAUCUGAAGUCCAUCCAUCCAUUAUCCCAAGACGCUUAUCCUCACAAGGGACGAGGGAGUGGUGGAGCCUAUCCCAGCUAACUGAAGUCAAGGAAAACAAUUAAUUGAACUAUUUUAUACUUUAUUUUAAAAAUGUGGUUUGGUGACAAAAACGCUUGCAAUCUCGUUGAUAUUAAAAAUGAAAAGAAUUUUAGAACAAAUAAGCUACAAACAUGAAGUACAUGCACAAUUUGCUUUUGUGAGCCACGUCAAAUGGUGUGGCGGGCCGUAUCUGGGCACCAGACAUUGAGUCUGACACCUUCUGCUUGAGUAGCUAAAAAAGAAGUUAUUUGUCUCCUGAGAAGACAAAAACCCAGAUGGAUGGGACUGAGACAAGCAGAAGACUAUAUGGAUCAUCAGUUUUUUCACCAGCAUCAUCUGAAUGACAAAAAAGUAUCUCCAUCGAUUAAUUAUCAAAGUUUUCCGCAACUUGUUAAGUGUAUUUAAAAAAUGCUCAUUUCUGCGUUGUUCUGGCUAAACACUACUACUCACAUUGGCAUAUAAAUCUGGUGUCCCUAUACAGUAGAUAAUAGAAUUUGGAGAACUAUAUUAAAUGUGAUUGGCCUUUCCUAAGAGAUCGUUUUAUACUGAAGAAAUUGUAAUCAUUGUUAGCAAACAAAAUAUUGGAAAUUUUGAAAGACUGAACACAGAGCACCAACCCAUCAAUAUUUAAAUGUUUCGCCGACAGGUGAAAGUGCGUAUAAAUGUCCAGUUGUAACAGUUCAAAAUUAUUAAUUACCAUUCCAGAAUUUUAAGAGUUAAAUUUUACUUUUUGAUGAAAAUGAGAGGAAAGUGGCAAAAGACUGUAAAAUCUUGUGUGACGUUUAGAUUGGCAUUAUGUUGUCUGAAAUUAUGAAAACCUUUUUCUCCCAAAAAUAUCCAAUAUUCUUAAUUUUUAGAUUACAAUUAUUUUAUUUGGGUCAAAGUUAAAAUCUUUACACUAGUGCGAAAUAUUUUUUUGUUUUCCCAAAGUAAAUAAAUCCAUUUCCCAUAUAUAAAAAAAGACCACUUCUUAAAAUCCUUUUGCACUUUCUUGUAUAUAUUUUUUUCUAGCCAGAAGACAACCAUUCAACAAAUCACAACAUUAACAUUCACUCAAGGUAUGAAUAAUUUCCUUCAAUCGGUACCACUUACUCAACACUGAUCUGUGUUAUCUUUGUUAAAGGCUAUUUUUUUUCUCCGUUAUGUAUUGGAUUUCAUUGAAGUGUGCAAGUGUGCCUAAUGCAGUUUCCUGUUGGUGUGUGUGUGUGUGUGUGUGUGUGUGUGUGUGUGUGUGUGUGUGUGUUGGUUGGUUGUUCCAGUGGGACAUUGCCCCAAAGACAAUUAAUCUUGUUUCUGAACAAGACAUUACCUUGUAAUUCCAUGACUAAGUAUCUAUUGUGUGAUUUUGACUCAAAUUUGAGGUAAACAUUUCCUCAUGCCAUUGUUACUAAUUUGAAUCUUCUUUCUGAUUAUCGUUUCUGUUUUGAUUUUGGUACUUGGAAUGUUUUCUCCAAUUUAAUUUGCAAUCAAAAGAGGAAAAGAAGCUGUUGAACUCGUUGUACGCCAUUAAUGCUGUCCCGUGACUCAACGCUGGGCGAUGCAUUGUAAAUCCAAGUAAUAAAUCAUAUUUUGUGUGUCCGUUACCAUGUGCAAUGAUCCCUCUUCAGGAAAGGAAAUAUGGGUACUUGUGCUGUUGUCAUAAGAUCCUUUGUGAUUAAUGCCAUGAAUGUCAUUUCUGACAACUGUUAGUAGUGCACAUGAAAUACAGUACACGCACAAGCCACUCAAUUUGGUACACUUGCACGCUGUGUAUCAAGGCUUUAAAUUGUCAGGGAGGUAUUACUCUCACAAUAUGUUGUUGAGAUUAUAGUUUGCUGUGGUGAAGAACUGCGUUCCUGCUCAUGUUCACUUUCUAUUUUGAGGGGAAGACCUGGGAUGAACCCUCGACUGGUCACCAGCCAGUCUCGGGGUCAGGCGACUGUUUACGCUCACAUCACAAUUUUAGAGUCGCUAGUUAACCUAACUUGCAUGAUUUGGGAAUGUGAAAGGAAGCCUGAGAAC